AGUUAGGACAUAACAGUAUGAAGAGCCCAACCACAAUCAGCAGAAACCUGGGCGGAACAAAGACCCUUUAGAAACAAACCAUUCAGCUUCAAGUGUCGAAGUUAAACAAAAUUCCAUGGUGUUGUCUUCAUGGUUUCGACGGCGGAACAAAGACCCCACUGCUCACACAAAACAACAACAGCAGGACCAAUUGUACGGAAUUACCCACCAAUUAAUCGACCAUGUUAGGUCUUUUACCAUGGAUACUUUCAAGAAUUUUCCAGUUCAAGAUGAAGAAGCUGCAAUUUCUGGAGAUAGUUCAGUGUUGGGUAAUGUUCAACAUGAUCUCUCUGAUUGGCAGGAGCAGCAUGCUCUUCUUGUUCUUUCCCAAAUCAAGGAACUUGCACAACUUAGAUUUAAGUUAUGCCCUGGCUACUUGAAGGAACGAGAAUUUUGGAGGAUAUAUUUCAUACUGGUCUGGAAUGAUGUGGCUGAAUAUGAGCUGCAGGCCAUACGACUGGCAAAAAUUAAAAAAAUGGCGAUGGGGAAUGAAGAAUCGUCAAAUAGUAGCGGAUAUGAAGUUGAAAUGUCAGAGACAAAGCAAGCUGCAAGUCCAGAGCCUCCAACUUCGUGAGAUUGUUUGUUGCCUAGUCUAAAGAAGAUGCAUAGGUGUGAAUAGGUGCUGCUCCAAUUUUAACUGAAAAGGGAAUUUUUGUCAUUUUCGUAUGUUUGUGUUCCGUCGAACAAAGUAUUCAAAUCAGUUGCUUCAACUUCUUGGGUAAGGGGUUUGAUCUUCCUCUGUUUUUUAGAUGGCUUUCGCUGUUUCUUGGAUGUCUCUCGGUUUCUUUUACCACUCUUCUUCUUUUCCUCAACACCUUUACAUUCUUUCGCAGCAGACAGAGUACCCAAUUUGUACUUUCAUCGGGAAGACUGUACUCAUGCAUGAUCCAGCGCCCAUCCUCUUCAGCCACUUCCGGGUUCUCGUAAUGAAGCCGUUUCUUCAGCCCUUUUACGUUGUCAAACUCAAAUAACCCCUUACCUUCUCCGCUCCAAGUUCCAUUGUCACCCACGGUUCGACCAAAUUGUUUGGCAGCAUCAUCACGGCUUUUUUUCUUUAGUUGUGUAAAUAUCAUCCAUAACUGAAGAAAAAAAGCGGUGAUGAUGCUGCUAAACGAUUUGGUCGAACCGUGGGUGAUAAUGGAAUAUGGAGUGGAGAAGGUAAAGGACCAUUUGAAUUUGACAAACAUGAAAGGGCUAAAGAAGCGGUUUUACUACGAGAACCCGACAGUGGCUGAAGAGGAUAGGCGUUGGAUUAUGCAUGAGUACAGUGUUUCUGAUGAAAGUGCCAACAGAGUUCUCUGUUUGCUGCGAAAGAAAGUAAAAAGUGUUGAGAAGAAGAGUGGUAAAAGAGACACCCAAGGAACAAAGAAAGCCAUCCAAUAAUAGUGGAAGAUCAAACCCCUUUCUCAAGAAGUUGAAACUGUUUUGAUACUUUAUUCGACGGGGCCGAGAAGUGGUAAUCCUUCAAAUACUUGUACCUUACAGCUUUGCUCCUAUAGCUCAUGUUAUUUUCAAAUUUACCCUUAAAUCUAGUAAUGCAAGUAUCUAUCACAUUCACAACUAGGGAGGAAGAAGCCAAACUUCAAAUUGAUUUUGUCUUUGACAAAGAUAUAUGGUAGAAUCUGUCAAAACAUUCUGCAA